GCCAAGCAGCAACAGCAGCCAUGUCGCUAUUGUCCCUGGCCUUGCCUGCCUUCUGGCUCUAUUGGACCGCGGCGCGCCUCGUCCUGCACCAACUCUUGCGUCGCUUCCGCCCGGGCUGCCCUUCCAAGGCAGGUGCUCAUUAAUGAGUGAAGAAUCAAAAGACUGGGACAGUGGCCAAGAAGCAAUGGAGAAUAAAAGUUCGGAAGUUUCCCCAUCAGACCUAAAGUUAGUGGCCCACCCAAGAGCAAAAAGUAAAGUUUGGAAGUACUUUGGCUUUGAUACCAAUGCAGAAGGAUGUAUAUUACAGUGGAAGAAAAUCUACUGUCGUAUUUGUAUGGCACAGAUUGCCUACUCGGGAAAUACAUCCAACUUGUCUUACCAUCUUGAAAAAAAUCAUCCGGAUGAGUUCUGUGAAUUUGUGAAAAGCAACACCGAGCAGAUGAGAGAGGCCUUUGCAACUGCUUUCUCAAAACUAAAGCCAGAAUCAUCUCAGCAAGUUGCUCAGGAUAACUUAAUUAUGAAGACAUGCCACAGUUAUGAGAAUAAAAAGCAUCAGGAGCUAACAUCAGGGGUGGUUAGUUUAAUAUGUGAAGGGUUGUAUCCCCCUUCUAUUGUUGACGAGCCCACCUUCAAGAAUCUCUUAAGAAUAGCUGACCCCCGAUAUGAACUUCCAUGCAGAAAGUUUUUCUGCACAAAAGCAAUUCCUGAGAAAUACAGUGCUGUUAAAGACAUUGUGUUAAAAGAACUGACUGAUAUCCUGUGGUGUGGCAUAUCUCUGGAUAUGUGGAGAAGUGAAAACCAGAAUAGAUCCUAUGUGACACUAACAGUACACUUUCUCAGUUGUGGCUCUGCCAGCUGUCUGGCUGUUAAUUCCCGUUGUUUAAAAACAUUUGAAGUGCCGGAGGAAAAUACUGGAGAAACCAUUACUCGAGUCCUUUAUGAAGUUUUCAUUGAAUGGGGAAUCAAUACAAAGGUUUUUGGUGCAACAACAGACUAUGGGAAAGAUAUAGUGAAAGCUUGCUCACUUUUGGACAUUCCAGUUCAGAUGCCUUGCUUGGGACAGACUUUUAAUAAGGGCAUACAGCAAGCUUUUCAGCUUCCCAAGUUGUCUGGUGUCUUGUGCAGAUGUCGGAAACUUGUGGAAUAUUUCCAGCAGUCUGCAGUAGCCAUGUAUAUGUUAGGUGAGAAACAGAAGCAACAUAACACUGCACAUUGCAUGCUUGUAAGUGACCGUGUUUCCUGGUGGGGAAGCACACUUGCCAUGCUGGAACGACUUAAAGAGCAACAGUUUGUAAUUGCUGCAGUUCUUGUGGAGGACAGCAAUAAUCACCAUCUGAUGUUGGAAACCAGUGAGUGGAAUACAGUCGAAGGCCUGGUGGACUUGCUCCUACCAUUCAAGCAGGUUACUGAAAUGAUGUCUUCUUCCAAGUACCCAACAAUAAGUAUGGUGAAACCUCUCCUUCACAUGUUGCUAAAUACAACAUUAAACAUCAAGGAAAAUGACCUGAAAGAAAUCAGUAUGGCAAAGGAAGUAAUAGCCAAAGAAUUAUCUACCAUAUACCAGCAUACACCUGAGAUAGACAUGUUUCUUAAUGUUGCAACUUUCUUGGACCCAAGGUACAAGAAACUGCCCUUUCUUUCAGCAUUUGAGAGGCAGCAAGUUGAAAACAGAGUGGUGGAAGAAGCAAAAGGUCUUCUGGAGAAAGUAAAAGAGAACACAGUGAAAACCGAAGAGCAGUUUUUUACAGUGACUGAAGAACCCCCAGUGAAAAAAAUUGUAAUUGGCGUCACUCCCCCUCCUACCAGCACCAUUAAUAACAUGCUUGCAGAAAUCUUUUGCCAGACAGGCGGUGUUGAAGACCAAGAGGAAUGGCAUGCUCAAGUUAUUGAGGAAUUGAGCAAUUUCAAGUCACAGAAAGUUCUUGGGUUAAAUGAAGAUCCACUCAAGUGGUGGUCUGAUAGACAUGCUUUAUUUCCUGUUUUGCCAAAGGUUCUUCAGAAAUACUGGUGCAUUGUGGCCACGAGAGUGUUCCCUGAGCGUCUUUUUUGUUCUUCUGCUAAUGUUGUCAGGGCAAAGAGAAACCGGUUAGCCCCAGCUCAUGUAGACGAGCAAAUCUUUUUGUAUGAGAAUACUCGAAGUGUGUCAGAAGCUGAGCCUGAGGAAGAGGAUGAGGGGGAAUGGGGCUUGGAACAGGACCAUAUUAUUAAUUUAAGUGACACAGCAAAUGUAAACAGCGCUUUCGUUAAUAUGAGAGACAGUGGCUUCAUAUAGAUAGAAUACUUAAUGGUCCUCCUGAAAAGAUGCUUGUUUUAAAUUACUCAAACCACCCAAGUUGUUAUGAUAAAAAUGCUGUAAAUACUGAACGGUUGGAACAUAGCUUUGUUUGUUUGUGUGUAUUGUGAGUUCAUGUGAGUGUGGCUGUUGACCUCAGGAGUGUGAUAUUUUACUCCAAAAUGCAGAAACAGACAUAACGAUGGCAAGAACACAGAUUCAGGCAUGCAUUAAAACGUGAGCUGUCUUCAUUGACUUAGGAACAGGAUGCAUUAAUAAAAUAGCAACUUUUAAAACAAUUGCUCAGUUUUAAUUUUGCUAUAGGGAGAUUGCAUGACUAAACAUCCUGAAUGGGCAAACUGAUGAUCUUAAUCAUUUGGAAAGCCUAUUUGGUACAGGGUUUCAAAAUAUUUAAAUAUUUAAAGCUUUCGAAAGGACAGAUCAUCAAGCAUUAUUAUAUAAAGGGCCUAGUUUAAUUACUUGCUUCAUGUGUUAUUUUCCUUAUCAGAUCAAUUUCUUAAUAACAGCAUGUGCCUUGUAAUAUGUCAGUGGCAAUGUUGGUAGCUUUUAUUUCUUUUCUGCCCAGCCCUGUUGGAUGUAAUACAGUCCCAGUGAACAUACUUGAAUAUGCUUUCUCCCUACAGCACUCUGGUCAGAGCAGGUCAUGCAAAGCAACUGUGAUACAUGCCUGCAAAUAAUUACUUAAGCAGAGUUGUGCUGCUAGUUGCCACAGUACAGGAUUGCAAAUCAUGAUUUGGUGCAUAUGAUACAGAGAGGCUACUCAGGCAUUUUAAGAAGAUUCAGUAAUAUGUUCUCCAGUGCUCAGUUUUAGGAUUGGAUGACCAUUUUAUUCUUCAUCUUACUUUUUAGCCAAAAGUGAUUUACUAUUCCCAAAAUAGGAUUUGUCACAAGUAAAUAUAAAACUUGUUAUGCUAAGUCUGGCGGAUUUCAGUGGGCUUAAGCAUUCAUAUCUUUUUGUUAGACUUCAACUAUAAUGUCUUUUGACUGCAAUUCUUUUCCCUCUUAAUAGGCAGUGGGAGAUUUGGUUUUUCUCUGGUUUGAGUGUUGGACAAGGACUAUGGAGGCCAGGGUUUGAAUCUCUGCUCAACUAUGGAAACCAGCUGGAUAACCAUGGGCAAGCCACAGACACCCAUCUCCCCACAGAAGAUAUACUGCCAACAAAACACUAUGAUAGAUUCACCUUCGGGUUGCUACAGAUUGGGAACAACUUGAAGGCACAGAAAAGCAACAGGCAAUGGAUAAUAGACUUUCAUAUUUUUAACCAAAUGGUAUGCUAGGAAUGAAGCCAUUUUUUUUUUAAAAAAAAAGAUAGCUAAGGGGAAUUGAUGGUAGUCUGACAGCCACCUCUCAGAGUUUGGAAAUAUUUUUUGUUUCUGUCUUUUCUGACUUCACAGAUGCACAACUAAUGUACAGCUAUUCCUGCUGAAACUUUGGAUAUUUUCGGGGGGGGGGGGGGGGACUUGACCUUUAUGUUAAUUUCUUAUAUUUCGAAAUACAGUACUGUCCUUAUUUAUAUGUAAUGUCAUAUCACAGUUUUAUCGUCAGAAUGAUCCAGAAGGGGCCAACGUCCAGAUAUUCUUUCUGUUUCUUCCACCACUGAAUGGAAGUACUAAAGGUUCCUCUUUUUAUUAAGUAAUAUUUUCUUUUAAAUGUCUAAAUUGAGGGAACUUGUGUCCAGAUUUGAACAAAACAGGAUCAGGUCUGAUUUCCUAUUCUUUUUUCCCCAAGCAAAAUUAGAAGGAACUACAGUUCUCAGAGUCAUAUGGUGGCUUAGUUAAAAGUGAAAAUGGAAAUUUUCUAUUUUAUUAGCUCAUUUGUAGAGGAAGAAUGACAUGAGACUGAGGUUAUCUUUGGCAGAUUCACAGGCAUGGUUUAACAUUGUGCCAGAGUUGAGCUAGUGGCUACUUGCAGUUAAUGAGACAGACAUUCCUUUGUAUCUCUAUUAUUAUGAUUAAAAAUCAGGCAAAACAUUUAGGCUUAUUUGGAAGAAGCUGGUAUGUCUGCAAUGUGGGUAGAUGUUUGUGAUACUCAUUUUAUAUUUGUUCAUGUUUGUACGUUUGUAUGUUUACCUAACAGGUUUAGACUGAUUUGGAUCAGAUGAUGUGUGCUGAUUUGAUUUCACAAUAUUAUCUAGAGAUGGUCUUUUGGAAGGCAUAUAGUGAUAAUGUUAUGUGACGUGUGGUGUAGCCAAGAGUAGGCAAAGCACACUUUUCAAGCUGUUUUGCUGCCAUCAACUCAUUGAGCGCCCCCAUUUCUGCCCUCACUAAGAGAGAAUUUCAUCUCCAAGAAACCUCUAAGGCCCCUUCUACACUGCCAUAUAAAAUCCAGAUUAUCUGCUUUGAACUGGAUUAUAUGGCAGUGUAGACUCAUAUAAUGCAGUUCAAUAUAGAUAAUGAGGAUUAUUUGCUUUGACAAUCUGGAUUACAUGACAGUAUAGAAGGGGCCUAAAUUGUAUAGUACAAUUCUCAUAUCUGCAGGUAGAUACAUUCCAAAACCCCUAGUGAAUACUUGAAAUGUCAUGGAUAGUAGUGAAUCCUAUAUUUUGACUAUACAUGGGCUGAAGCAUACUUCACAAUUAUAGCGGAAGACACAGAGAGGCCCACAAAUGCUUAUGGGUAGAAUAUAGUUUUUUUUUUGGAGUUUGGUUAAAUGAGACACAUGUUCCUAUUGUUAAUUGUUUACUCUGUAUUGACAAGAUUCUCAAGACCAAUUAUUAGAGAGUUUCCCAAAGCCUUCUGGUUGCCAAAGAGAAGAUGGCUAAUUUAGGUAGAAAGGAGAAUAGAGGAACUGUGAUAAAUAGUUAAUGUGCACAUAGAUGUAUUCAUGUGUAAAUUAAUGUAUAUAUAUAGAUUGGAGACAUCCACAUUGGAUGCCUGCCUCAGUUUCAUACUACUUUAACUGCCAUGCCUCCAUCCUAUAAAAUUUGGGAUUUCUUUGCUGUGGUAGCAGGAAUUCUAUGUUUGGAAGCUCUAGUGUUACAGCUCAAAGGGGGGGAUGCUAUAGGGAUUUCUAGCAAAUAAUUCUUAAGUACCUCAACAAACAGAAAACUGCCUAAAUGCCCGAAAGGCACCAGAUCCUUUCUGAUUUUGGAAGCUAAGGGUCAACUUGAUUGGGAGACUAUCAAUGAAUAUUAUCAGAUGCGUUAGGCUAUAUUUCAGAAGAUAAAUUGAAAAACCUAUCUGAGUAUUCUUUGUCUAAGGAAACAAUUUAUGAAAUUUUUGGGGUCACCAUAGGCUGCCAGACAACUUGAAAGCACAAUCAAUCAUACACACAUACAUCCCAACCUGAAAAACCAAGAAUACCUUAGGAUGGAAAUUUGAUAGUUAAAUAAAACAGCUAGAACUGUGAUGUGGAUAUACUCUAUGUUCUCCUUACUGAACUUCCUUCCAUUCUGAAAUGUCCUCCUGUCAGAGUAGAUUUAAGGCACUUCUUUUAAAACUGUUCUACAGAGGCAUCUACUGUUAUUUGCUUUGCUCUUGUGGCCACAUAUGUUCUCAUGCAACAAUCAUAUGUAACAGAGGUCAAUUGAACUUCCUGGCAGCAUCUGCUUGAAUAUGUCCUCACAUUGUAGACCUUCUUAAAUAUAGAUGGAUAAAUCCAAUGAAAAGGUUAUGCUUCUGUUAAAUGAUUUAAUAUUUUUGUGUGUUUUUUAGUAACUAUUGUUGAGACAUUUGAUAAUAUAAAAAAUAAUAGUGGAUCUCUCAAGCAACAUCUAAUGCACUAGGCGGACACCCCCCCCCCCAACUAUCUAGCUGAGAACGAUGAUCAAAGAAAGGGUGCAUAUUACAUGGUGCCAGAGUUGAAGCAUCUCACCCACACUUUUCAUGGCGGACAAGCAAGGGGAUAGAAAAAGUGUGAAAGCAGAUGAGAUCUCAGAGGUCAAAGAAAAGGAAAGAAGUGGUUUGAGAAAAACUAACAAGAAGUUACCAUAAACACGAUGGGGCCAAACUUCUGGAGUGGCAUGCAGUCUAAGUACCAUUGGGCAUAGGUAUGCAAGACUUGCAAAUUCCAAUGUAAUAUGCCAUUUAAUUUUCUCUAUUCUUUGCAUCUUGUGAUUCUCAGCUUGUACAAUCUUACGUAGCUGAAGAGAGUGCAUAAUGAUAUACAGUGAGUCCCAGAAACACAGAACUUGUACCCACAGUUUGACUUAAGUCUGGUCUUUCUAGGAAUUCACUAGGUCCUUCAGGUGAUUCAAUGGUAUGCUUCUCCUGGAGUUUACUAUAAAGUUGCCCUGGAGGACCUAGCAAAUUCCUACAGAGGAUACAUCUUUCAGAAUUUCUAGGUCCUCAGAGCAACUAUGGAAUUGAUCAUAUCACAGUUUGAGGUAACUUGGUCUGGUGGAGAACAUAUCUCUAUGUUAUAUGGGAGUCUUGCUAUAGUAAUGUUCAAUCUCACUUGUCUAAAGCUGCAGCUUACUGAAUUUUAAAUCCAUGCACCUCAAGCACAAAUAUAAUACAGUAUACUGUUGUAAAGUAUAUUUAUUAUACUGCAGCAAAACCCAUCAACUUCUGCUUAUUAUCAUAAUAUUUCCUACCUGCAAUAAGAAACAGACUGCAGACCAUAUGUUUAUUAUAUCCAAUUUCUGGCAGAGGGAGUAAUGUUUGUUGGACUGAUGGCUGAGUUGUAUGUUUGCUUUUCCCAACAAUUUACGACUGGCCCAAGGUUUCCACAAGAGGGAGGAAACUGUUUUACCCAACCGAUCAUUACAUAAAUUGUCUUCACUGAAAAGCGCCUUUUAGUCAGAAGAAAACUCAGGUGCAGCACAGCUGUUUGAAAUUAUUUAAUUGGAUGUAGCAAAUCAUUGAACCUGAGAACUUCUACAUGCAAAGUGUACAUUCUUCCAUUAAGCAUGGGUUCUCCAAAGUUGUAUUCCUAAAGUUUUAAAUAGACUACUGGCUCAUUUCUAAUUACAGGGCUAGUUUUGUUUUGCCUUUUCUUGUCAGCUCAUAACCCUUUUCGAAGUUUCUUUUUGAUUCUUUCAGAGUCUGAUCUGUUUGUUCCAUUUCAGUCCCUGGAAUGCCAUUUCACCAUCUUGAUGUGUGCUCUAAAUUCCAGGCUUCUUGUGAUAAGCAGGCCAUAAGGUAAUUGAAAUGUGAUUAUACAAAGCGAUACUAGAAUAUUGAGAUAACCAGGUUAGGCAUGGGCAAAUUCCUUGGAAUCGGCAUAAAUCGGAAUAAAAUUGUAUCUAUUUUGGGUUCCGAAUGGAGUUCUGAGGUGGUUUGGCGCUUCAGAAUUAACCUUCCAAUUCGAAGUAUUGAAGCCCAUUUGUUUGAUGGCAUCAGAAUACCUUCGGAUAUAUGAGAAAGUGUUUUUAAUUCAACCAAACUUUGUUUGCAGGGAGGAGCAGCCUAGCCUGGGCUUGCCUCCUUGCCCAAUCAGUGCUGAUUAUUAUAAUACAGUAGAGUCUUAAAAAAAAGGGAAGAGCGUUUAUUAAGCAACAGGCUUAAUAACAGCUCCAUAGAAAGAAACCAAGCCCUGAGCGUUUUCUUUCCUGGCUAGCAAUGGGCUUAACAGCCCCAUAGAAACCAAGCCUGGUGCUGGAAGAGAGUUUUCCCUCCCGGCUAGUACUGGGGCCGUUUUGAGACAGCACAGUGUAGUGUACUGGUUUGAGAGUUGGACUAUGAUUGUGGCUUGAUUCCCUACUCAGCCAUGGAAAUCCACUAGGUGAUCUUGGGCAAGUCACACACUCUGAGCCCCAGAAAUCCCAAUGAAAGAGGAAAUAACCCUUUCAAACCAGGAACAGAUUUCCUGAUGGCCAUCUGUCAGGAGUGAUUUGAUGGUGUGCUAUGAUUUCUGUUCCUGGUUGAUAAAUCUAAUUUCCUAAUUGGUUCUGUCAUAAAUACAGGGGGAAACUUUAUUACACUGCCAAAACUUUGUCUUUGUGCAAGGGACAUCGUCCUAUAAAAAUAGCACAUUAUGGUUUGUUGAGUCGCUCUCCACCAAUUUAACAAAGUUUCAGCCACAAAAACAAAGUAGAACAACGACUUUCAAAGUAAAGACAACCCAAUGAAACAGGAAAUAACACUUUCAAACCAGGAACAGAUUUUUGUUAUUAUUAAAAAAUGUCUUUUUAUAAAAACUUUGAAAAUUUGCCAAAAAUCUGAGGAUAAGUCAAAUGUUCUUAGAUUUGGUGAGCUAACCGUGGUAAAUGUGUUCUACCACUGUAGCAAGUUGCAUUAGGAUAGCUCAAAAAUGGGGAAGAGAGAAGCCCCUCAAGUUUCCCCAUUGACAGUAAUGUUUUCCUUCAUGCACAUGUGCAUCUGCCAUUAACGAGUUACAUACAAAGAUUCGGAAGUUUUGGAAAGUUUUGAACAUUUUGCCUUCAAAAUUCAGAAAUGACUUUAGAAACGAAGCGCCAGAGCCCCCCUACUAUCAAAGAGAGUUUAGAACCAUUUUUUUCCUGGAUCGCACAUGCCUAAACCAGGUAGAUAAAAAUGGGUGUAAGCAUGGAAGUACAGCUUUAAACACUUGCCAACAAAAGAUGGAACAUUAAUAUAACUAUGACAGUUUACCCUCUCCUCCUUAAACCCUUGAGUUAGAGGGGUUAUAGAAGAUUACAUGUACAUACAAGGCAUCAGAAUAAUCUUCAGGCAUGUAUAAAUGUGAGAUACAUUGAUCACCGAAUUAGAAUCCAAAGCUCCUAAAAUUAUCUGCUAUAAAAGCAACAUACCCUUGAAUGAGCUCCACUUUGAUGCCAUUCCAAAGCACGGCCAGUGUUUUAAAAUUUUUGGUAUCCAAAAUAAAAAUUGCAAAUGUUCAAAAUGACAUGUUUUUGUAAUGUAAAGCCAUUAUAAAUCUUAACUCCUUUUCUAAUUAAUGUAUAUGUCUGCUCUGUUAUUUAAUAAACCAGAAAAACUAUGUUCAUAA